AUGGUUACUCAGGAGAAAAACCAGAUACUUACCAGCAUGCCAACUCUAGAAGUUGUUAAGAAUGCAGUUUUUGAUCUAUCAAGAGAUAGCUCAGGUGGUCCAGAUGGUAUGGUAGGAGCAUUUUAUCCAGUAUGCUGGGAAAUUGUGGGGGCUAAUGUGUAUAAUGUAGUGAAAGUCUUCUUUGAAGGACAGACUUUGCCAAAGUCCAUAACUCAUACAAAUCUGGUUCUGAUCCCAAAGAAGAAUAAUGUUGAGACCUUUGCAGAUAUGAGGCCCAUAAGUCUCAGUAAUUUUAUUAACAAAGUGAUUUCUAGAGUGGUGCAAAAUAAACUUGAAAAUGUUUUUCCUUCUUUGAUAUCUGCUAAUCAGUCUGGUUUUGUAAAGGGAAGAUGUAUCAUUGAGAAUGUACUCUUAACUCAAGAGGUGGUUUAA